AUGUACAGACGAUAUGAAGAACGACAAGGAGGAGUUACACGUGAAUAUCAGGAAGUUGAUGAUUCCCGUAAUAGAUUAUCAACGACAACAGAAACAACUUAUCGAUCAACAAUGAGUCCACGCGUUACUAACGUACAACGAUCACGUCCAUUGGCUUUCGGUGGUGGUGGUGGUGUUACGACACGAAUCUAUCAAAAUUUUCAAGCAGGCGGUGGUGGACGUGGUGGUUUUGGUCCAGGUCUUGCUUCUUUAGCAAAUUUUCCUGGUGUACCAAUACGUGGUUCAGGAAAUGUAAGCACUGCUUUAGUUGGUCUUACUUCAACACGUCAUCGAGAUAAACGUGAACUUGAACAAUUAAAUGAUAAAUUUGCACAAUAUAUUGAAAAAGUACGAUUUCUUGAAGCACAAAAUCGAAAAUUAUCACUUGAAUUAGAUGCAUUACGAAAUCGUUCAGGACAAGGUUCAUCACGUAUCAAAGAAAUGUAUGACAUUGAAAUGAAAGAAGCAAGUAGAUUAAUUAAUGUUGCAAAAGAUGAAGCUGAUGCUGCUAAUAGAAAAGCUCAACAAGCUGAACAAGAAGUUAAACGACAACGUGCACGAUAUAAUGAAGUAACUGGUUUAAGAGAAACUGAUCGUAAGGAAAUGGAUGCUAUUGAACGACGAAUUGCUGAAAAUCAAGCUCAAAUAAAUUUAUUUCGACGUCGUAUUGCUGACCUUGAAGAUGAAGCACGACGAUAUAAAGCUGAAAGUCAACGUCUAUCAUCUGAAAUAGCACGUAUUCAACAUGAAAUACAAAAUGAAUUAUUUCUUAAAUCAUCAUGUGAUGUUGAAAAAAUGGCUUUACAAGAUGAAUUAGCUACACUUAAACAAAUACAUGAUUCUGAUUUAGCUGAAAUUCGUGCACGAGCUAUAACAACUGAUCUUGAUCCAACAAAAUUUUUUCGUAAUGAAUUAGUACAAGCUAUACGUGAAAUUCGUAAUGAUUAUGAAACUGAUGUUGAUAAUAAACGUACUGAAAUGCAAAAUCGUUAUUCAAUUAUAUAUAAUGAAUUAUUUAUGCGUUUAAAUCGACCAGAUACAAAUCCAAUUUAUAAUGAACAACAACGUCGACAAGAAGAACGUUUUCGUAGUGAAAUAUUACAAACACAAAAUCAAAAUGGUUAUUUACGAGCAAAAAAUCAAGAUAUUAAAAAUCGUAUUGAUGAACUUCAACGAAAACUUCAAUCAUUACGUGAAGAUGGUGGUUUUGUACAAGGACGAGCAUCAAAAGAUAUUGAUGAAGCACGUCGUCGAUUAGAACGUGCAAAUCGUCAAUAUGAUGAAGUAACAAGUUUAAAAACAUCAUUAGAAAAAGAAAUUAAUACAUAUAGAGAAUUACUUGAAAGUCAACAGGGUCUUCGUGGAUAUGUUGAUCGAAUUGUACAAAAUGCUGAACAACAAGCUUUUGAUCGAUCUAUUGGUGAUAGUAGUACUAGUGGUAGUCGUACUGGAGGAUCAACAACUAUUCGACGUACAGUUUAUACUACAAGUGGUGGUGGUGGUGGUGGUAGUUCAAAUUAUGGUUAUGGAAGUGUAAGUGGUUCUGGUAGUAUUAGUAAUCUUGUUAAUCAAACUGUACGACCAUCAAGAAGUUAUGAAACAUUACAAUCUGGUUUUCGAAGUUCAUAUCGUGAAAGUUCUGGUGGAAACUAUUAA